GACUCAUAUGGUUGAUGGUAAAUGGGCCAAGGAAGAAAGAAACGGAGAUAUGCCGUUUAAUAGAGGAACGAAUUUUACGUUAAAAAUUGAAGCUGCUGAAUUAAAAUAUCAGGUGUAUGUUAACGGUUUGUAUUUCUGCGAUUACCGGUAUGCAGUUGCAAUACAACAACUUGGGUUCAUUAAAGUUUUUGGUGACGUUCACAUUAACAGAACUUCUGUUAGUAUUCACCAUCAAACUAUAGAAUUGCGCAGAAACAUUGAAAUAGGUGACUGGAUUAGAUAUGAAAUGACACGGAGCAGUGACUUGGAACGUUUCAUACAUAUAGGUAACGAGACAAAGACUGUAUUCGUAUUAAAUGGAAAAAAAGGAAAGCACUUUACAGCCUCGUGUAAUUCUUGUCCCGAAACUCCGAUCGAUGUAGUAUUUGGAGAUCAAGAAAAGAUUAUUAUGGCUAUUGAAAUACUGUCCGGUGGACUAGUAAAGAUUCUACAGGUUGUUGUUUAUGAUAUAAUCUUUCAUUAA